ACUGGCUUACGGGCUUACCUUUGUACACGUCUCGCGCGAGCCUAAGAAUUAUAAACAAAUCAGUUGGUAUCAAGUGUUUUUGAAUCAUGGAAGAACAAGAACACGAUGAACAAGGAAACCAAGUGGCAUUAAAAGUGGGCUUAAUUGGCGAUUCGCAAAUAGGGAAAACAUCUCUUAUGGUUAAAUACGUCGAAGGGACGUUCGAUGAUGAUUAUAUUCAGACAUUAGGAGUCAACUUUAUGGAUAAGAAAAUACGAAUAAGAAAUACCAUCAUAACCUUUUCGAUUUGGGAUUUAGGUGGACAGAAAGAGUUCAUCAAUAUGCUACCAUUGGUGUCCAAUGACGCAAUUGCAAUGCUUUUCAUGUUUGACUUAACGAGAAAAAGCACGUUGAAUUCUAUCAAGGAAUGGUACAGACAAGUCAGAGGAUUCAACAAAACUGCUAUUCCAUUUCUUGUGGGGACCAAAUACGACGAGUUUAUCGACUUACCUCACCAAGAUCAAAUUGAAAUAACACAGCAGGCCAAGAAGUUUGCCAACGCCAUGAAAUCUCCAGUGGUAUUCUGUUCCACAUCCCAUUCUAUCAACGUGCAAAAGAUAUUCAAGAUCAUAUUAUCUAAAGCAUUCGAUUUGAAAUUGAACCUAGAAGAAAUCACCAAUGUCGGGGAACCUAUCCUCAUAUAUAAGUAGUGUCCUUAUGUUUUUCAGGUAUCCCAAUGGUCUUCAAUUCUCUCAUUAAUACUUUUAUUUAGCAUUUAAAUUAUACAUAAAGUCGCGUUAAAA